AUGGAUACUGAAGUCGAUAUAAUCGAGUUUAAAGUCCCUCUCGAAAAUAAAACUAUUUUCUUUUGGGACAUUCAGCCAAUAUUUUCAGAGGCUUAAAUUUAUGUAACUUAAGUGUAUUGUGUGUAUUCAGUAUUCGGAGCUCUUUAGCUGUUGAAGGUCUGCACGGUGGCAGAACCUGGGUUCUGAGCACUGGUGAAGUUCUGCUCAUCGGCACUGGCCUCCAAAGCUCAGCAGGCCACUGAUAAGCACUGCCUUUUCCAAAGUUCUCCUUAAAACGUCCGAUUGAGCACGGAGCAGAAUCUGUCUUUCUAUAGCACUAAACCUCUCAGCCUUUCCAAAUUUUGCAACCUGGCUUAUCACUAUCUGAGCUUUGGCGGCUGGUCUACUCUAGACUCCUAAUUCUUCCCUCAAGACAAACUUUGCAUUUCUUCGCGGCUGGUUUCCGCAACAUCUGCUAAAAUGUUGAAUUCUUUAGAUCCAGAGGAAAGGCUGAUAAAAAGAGAGACGCUAAUGAAACGUGUCAAAGACAAAGCUGUGGUGGCUGCCUUUGAAAAGGUGCUUCUCAUGAUCUUGGGAAAUGGGAAAGUAGCGAUUGUGAUCAAGUACGAUCCAGAUGAGAUCCUUCCAGAGGAAAAGUCGGAAGGAGUCAUAAAAGUAAAUGACAUCUCCUGGAAUGAGUUUGAAGGUUCUGACAGUAAUACUGAGAAGGAUUUCCCAUGGGACCUCACAGUGGACCUCCCUGACACCCACUCAGCUUUCUCAACCCACACAGUUGCCAAUGUUUUCCAGAUAAGUGACCACUGAAAAUUAUAUAAGUUUUCUCUUUAAUGUUUGGUAUUGACCAUAAUGUGUACAGCAUUACGGUCAUUCUCUGUGGUUAACCUCCCAAUUUCAGUGCAACUGACCUCAGAUUCAUCUUCUCUAUUUCCAAGGCAAUUCUCUGUUUUUUUUAAAGGUGGCUGAUACUACCAAGGUCACACAGGUUGAGGUUUAAAGGUCAGGUCAGAUGUCAAGCCAAAAAAAUCAUCUCAUUUCAUAAGGACUUCAGCAAUCCAAAAUGCAUCUCUUUAUCACUUAAACAAAAUAUAUUUUGUGCAAUGUAUAAUCAACCUCUUUGUUUGACUUACUGUAUUUGCAUUACCUUAGAAUACAUUAAGACAGGUUUUAGUAUGUUCUCAUUAAAAUGGGUUUUUGUUUGUUGUGUUAAAUAAAAUAUAUUUGGGGCAGUGGAUUUUAAUCAUAUGUGCCUCUCUUUUAUUUAUUGCUUUUGCCUUGCUGUAUUUGUUUGGUUGACUUGCUUUUUCUUUGUCAAGUAGAUUUUUAAUGCAGUUUUGAUCCAGUUUUAAGAAUAAUAUCAGUAGAUCCUUAAAACCAGGUUACCCAGUUUACCUAAAAUACCCUGUGUCUAUUAAUUUGUGUGAUUAUAAAUUCCUUUUUACACACUGAUGAGGCGCUUCUAAAGUUAAAAGCCAGUAGGUGGCAGUAAGUGUUGCAAUUCAGUUGCACAUUUUUUUGUAAUGUAGUUUUGCUGUAGUUUUUGUUUUUUAUAUGUCUGUAUUUUUUGUAUUAAUUUUUAUUUAGUUGUUAUAUUCGUUGUUUUAGUACAUCAAAUUAAACACAUCAGAACAAAUUCAUUUCAAUAAUGAUAGAUAAUACUUAAGCAAAUUAUAGUCAGACCAAAUUA